GAUUAUUUGAGAUACUAGUAGUACUAAAAUUGUCACAAUAGAUAGUCAUAAUAUCUUGAGAUAACCCGUAAUCUUUAAGCAUCUUUUUCAUCCAUGGCAUCUGUGUACAACAACUCCGUGCUGUGCCGCUUCAGCUGUUAGAAGGAAAUUGAAUUUUGCUAUUUUACUUAUAUCAGAUUCAAGUUCAUUGGCUAGAAAAAAUUGAUUUCAGGCUCGAUCUACUAUCGAUUUGUGACUUGUCUCCUUGUUUGUUUGGUCAAACUAAACCACAACAAGCUCGCGUUUUCCAUGGUUGCUCAAAGUACCCUUCCAUCGGCUUCUAAAACUCAUUGGGAUCAUGACGUGUUCCUGAGUUUUAGAGGUGAAGAAACUCGCAAGAACUUCACUGAUCACCUUUACUCUGCCUUGGUGCAAGCCGGGAUUCACACGUUCCGGGAUGACGAUGGGCUUCGAAGAGGGGAGAACAUCUCUUCUGGAUUACUCAACGCAAUUCGUGGAUCGAAGAUUUCCAUCGUUGUUUUCUCUAAAGACUAUGCCUCUUCUAGGUGGUGCCUUGACGAGCUUGUGGAGAUCGUGAAAUGUCAGAACACCACAGGCCACACUCUUGUUCCGAUAUUUUAUAAUGUAGAUCCUUCGGAUGUUCGAAAACAGACAGGAACUUUUGCCGAGGCAUUCAUCAGGCAUGAAGAACGAUUUCGGAUGGAUAUGGAAAGGGUGAAGAGGUGGAGAGCAGCUCUUACUGAAGCUGCAAACUGUUCUGGUUGGGAUCUCUUGAGUGUUGCAAAUGGGUAUGAAGCAAACUUCAUUGAAAAGAUUGUUGAAGAUGUUUCCAAUAAAGUAAAGCCCGUUGACUUAUUUGUUGCUAAACACCUGGUAGGAGUAAACUCUCGUGUUCAAGUGGUGAAAACUUUAAUAAAUCUGGGAGCAAAUGAUGUUCGUGCUGUGGGCAUCUAUGGAAUGGGUGGUGCAGGGAAAACAACUAUAGCAAAAGCUGUCUAUAACGAAAUAUAUGAUAGAUUUAAAGCUAGCAGUUAUCUCUCAGACAUUAAAGAAAAAUCAAAAAGUUGUGAUGGUAUAGUUCACUUGCAGGAACAGCUUCUUUCUAAUAUCUUGAAAAUGAAGAAUUUGAAGAUUGACAGUGUUGAUGGAGGAAUCAGAUUGAUUCAGGAAAAAAUUCACGGUAAAAGAAUUCUUGUUGUUCUUGAUGAUGUAGAUGACUUGGACCAAGUACACAAAUUAGUUGGAAACUUCAAGGGGUUUGGUCUGGGAAGUAGAUUGAUUUUAACCACAAGAGAUGAACAUUUGCUAACUCAACUAAAAGUGGAUGAAAAAUAUAAGGUGGGAAAUUUGAAUCCAUCAGAAUCUCUUCAACUUUUCAGUUGGUAUGCCUUUGAGAUGGCCCAUCCAAGAGGAAGUUAUUCAGAACUUUCAGAUAGAGCAGUGAAAUACGCGGGGGGACUCCCAUUAGCUCUUGAGGUUUUGGGAUCUUUUCUAAAGAGAAGAAGCAUUAGAGAAUGGACAAGUGAAUUGGAGAAAUUACAAAGAGUCCCGCACAACAGGAUUCAAAAGAUACUUAGAAUAAGCUUUGAUUCACUAGAUGUUAAAACGAUGGAUAUAUUCCUUGAUAUUGCAUGUUUCUUUAUUGGUAUGGAUAAAGAAUAUGUCAACAAAAUUCUCCAUGGGUGUGAUCUCUUUCCAGAUAUUGGUAUGAGCAUUCUCGUUCAGAGGUCUCUUGUGACAAUUGAUCUCAAACAUAAGUUGAGAAUGCAUGAUCUUACUCGAGAUAUGGGAAGGGAGAUUGUUCGAGAAAGAUCACAAGGUUAUGUAGAGAAAAGUUGUAGGUUGUGGUUUCACGAUGAUGUGUUAAAAGUGCUAACUCAACAUAAGGGAUCGGAUGCAGUGAAGGGUCUUGCCCUAAAUCCGCCCAUACUCGAAGAUUUACAUUUGAAAACAGAGGCAUUUGCCAACAUGAAGAAUUUGAUGUUGCUCCAGAUCAAUAAUGUAAUUUUAAAUCUCGAAGGAUGUUUCGAGAAUAUUUCCAAAGAACUAAGAUGGCUUCAGUGGAAUCAGUGUCCUCUGAAAUAUCUACCUUCAAAAAUUCAUCUAGAGAACCUUGUUGUGCUGGACAUGCAGCAUAGCAGCAUUAAACAAGUCUGGAAGGAAAAUAGAAUACUUCAGAAGUUGAAAAUCCUUAAUCUCAGCUAUUCCAAAAAUCUUACCAAAUCACCAUGCUUCAUACAAGUCCCACAUCUAGAGAUGUUGAUAUUUGAAGGCUGCACAAGCUUGGAUGAGGUUCAUGAGUCCAUUGGACAUUUGGAAAGACUUGUUUUGCUGAAUUUAGAAGGAUGCAAGAAUCUAAAGAAUCUUCCGAGAAGCAUUCCUAACUUGGUAUCUCUUGAAACCCUUAACUUGACUGGUUGCUUAAAACUUGACAAGUUACCCGAGCAACUGGGGAAUAUGAUUGCAUUAAGAGAGCUAAUUGCAGAUGGAACUGCUAUUAAGCAAUUACCAUCCUCUGUUGGUCUUCUGAAGAAUCUAAAAACUGUAUCAUUAUCUGCAUGUGAAGGAGAACCCUCAAAUUCUUGGUUCUCAUGUUUUUCAUUGUGGAUGUCACCGAAAAGCUCGAUCUGUGCAAGUUUGUUGCCAGCUUCUAUUUCUGGAUUAUCCUUUCUGCAAAGACUAGUUCUCAGGCAGUGCAAUUUGUCUGAAGAUGGAUUUCCCGUUAACCUUGGGAGUUUAUUUUUUCUCCGAGAUUUGGAUUUAUCAGGAAAUGAUUUGCGUAACCUACCUUAUUGCAUCAGUCAGCUUCCAAAAGUACAAUAUCUGUAUUUGAAUGAAUGCUCGACUCUUCAAUCAAUUUCAGGACUCCCCACAAAUGUAAGGGUGGUAUAUGCAAAUGAAUGCACAUCAGUAGAAAGACUCUCCCUUUUGUCAAACGUGGAAAGUAGACGAUUUUUUUUCCUUAGAAAUUGCCACAAACUGGUCGAGAUUGAAGGCUUGGAGAGUUUCGAAACUUCAUCAGUCAUUCACAUGGAAGGAUGCAACAAUAUGGCCUAUGAUUUUAGGAACAGUCUUCUCCAGUGUCCAUCGACCAAGCAUACCGAUCGGUGUGGUGCCAUUUUCCUCCCUGGAAGUGAGGUUCCAGAUUGGUUCAACUAUCAAAACAUUGGAUCUUCCAUAUCCUUUCAUGUACCUUCACUUUCAAAGGGUGAAAUCCGGGGCUUGCUGGUUUGCGCUGUUUAUGCAGCAAAGGAAGAACCCGAAAGGGAAAGUGCUACUGGCUGUCAUAUGAAAAUCUAUAACAGAACUAGAGGCUUCAGAUACACCGAUUGGAAAACAUUGAGUGGCAUUGCUUUAACUUGUGAAGAUCAUUUCUUUGUAUACCAUGCACCACUUCUAAGAAAUAAAUUGGACAUGAAAAGUGGAGACGAAAUGGAGGUUUCCAUCGAACCAUGGAGGGCAGUUGAAGUGCAGAAGUGUGGAAUUCAUCUAAUUGUUGAUGAGCCAAUUGCAGAAGAUGAAUCUGGAAGUAAGGUCCAACAGGUUGAUUCAGAUACUCGUAAAGAUGGUGCUUGCCAUGGAGGAAGGUUUCAGUGAUGUUGAAUAGAGUAAUAAUAAAUAUAAGUUUAGAGCUCCUUAUAAAAAGUGGGAUCUACCCGUAAAUCUGUACAAUUCAUUCUCCAGUGGAUGAGUAUCCUUUCAGUUUAUUUAUUUAUUUUAUGGUUUGACAUAUAUUUAUUCAUAAACAUCAUUGUAUGGGUUUGGUAUUAAAUCAAACAAUAUCGUUUUAUCCAUAACGAAUGAAAAAAAAUAUAAGUGGAACAACGCCAUUUGAUUUGAAACUAAA